AAUACCAUGUCUUCUUCAACCAUGAAAUUCACUCUCAAGAGUCACGACGGCGAAACCUUCGAAGUCGAUGAAGCAGUGGCAUUGCAAUCAGAAACAAUCAAGUACUUGAUCGAAGACGGUUGUGCCAACAACACGAUCCCUAUUCCAAACGUCAGCAGCAAGAUCUUAGCGAUGAUAAUUGAAUACUGCAAGAAGCAUGUCGAAGCGGAAGCAGCGAGUUCCGAUAAAAAACCUUCUGAGGAUGAUCUUAAUGCUUGGGACGCUGAAUUCGUGAAGAUUGAUUCGGCUUCGCUUUUUGAACUCGUUAUUGCUGCGAAUUUCUUGAAUAUCAAGAAUUUGUUGAUUCUUACUUGCAAUACUAUAGCAGAGAUUAUGAAAGGGAAGACAGCAGAGGAAAUUCGUCAGACGUUUAACAUUAAGAAUGAUUUCAGUGCUGAGGAACAAGAGGAAAUUCGUAAGGAAAAUGAAUGGGCAUUUCAGUGAUAUUGUUGUUAGAAUCUUCAAAUUAAUGUUUAUAAUGUGAAUGUUUUCACAUAGAUUUAACUGUGUUUUUAAGUGAUUUUGUAGUCCCUGUUUGGCAGCGUCUUAAUGCGACAUUGUUUGAUUUUUUGUUGCGAUGUUAGAUGUAGACAAUGGAUAAGUUUGAUUUAUUACAUGUUCAAUCAAUGAUAUUUAGAUA